AUGUCUGCCCCGGCUUCUUCACAAGGCCAUGCCAUUUCCCGAGCCUCCGAGCGAUCGUCUACCGCGAGGGGGCGAAAUGUACAUGAGUCUGCUAUGCCUUCAAUACAGGAUCUCAAGUAUUUUGAUCCUUGUGGAGCAACAGCAUCCAUGUUUCUUUAUGUCCAGGGCUCUUCCGUCGUCUGCUGCCACCACGAUUCACUCACCAUCGAGCGCCGCUUUACUGGCCACCAGCAUGAAGUUUUGCUGCUUGCCAUCGACAACCAUAGUCAAUAUGGCGGAGGUCGCGUAGCUGCCAGCUAUGACAGCAGCAGAAGGAUGAUUGUCUGGGACCUGAUGACGGGUGAACAGCUUAAGACCUUCACCGCCGUCGCAGAUUGUCACAUUACCGCCAUCGCCUGGAUGCGCAAUGGUAACUUGGCAUUUGCAAUCACGGCUCUGGCUCCAUCCCAAGACUGCCUGACCUUUGCUAUUGGAUUCCAAACCGGAACUCUGCUCAUUGCUCGCCUCCAGCCUCGACUCGCCAUUAUGCAUAACUUGACAACGUCUAGAGCCCCAUCGUCUAUUAUUAAUCUUUCCUGGCAUGCCUCUUCGUCUCGACAAAAGUCGGAGAUGCUUGCCGUGCAGAAACAUGAUGGCGAUUUGCGAGUUUGGAGUGUCACGAAAUCGUACAACAUUGAAGACCCCGCCAAAGUCGUCCGAAUUCUGCGCAAGGCAGAAGCCAUUGAAAAAGGUUCCAAUUGGAUGGGUUGGUCCAAGAACGGCCGUGUCAUCCAGUUCUCCGAUAGUGAAACCCUCUCGUGGGAUGUCCGCACAAAGCACGUUACAUUUGACUCGAUUCCCACUCUUGAGCAUGUCCGCGGUAUGGCGCUCUAUGGGCCCGGCGCAAGCCUCUUCACGGUUGGCCCCAACGGCACCGUGCAACAAUUCGAUCUCAACUCGCCAGCGAUCAUGGUCGCCAAUGUCCAACACCCUACAAGCCAUCUUCCGCCGUCGCCUCCCAACUCGAUUGAGGAGAUUGCCAACCAAUCCGUUCAUUCCGCGACCACAAUCCACACAUCCGAGUCAGAGAGCUCCUUGAGUUCCAUCCCUCUAGAAAUGAACGUUUCAGAAAGUGACGAAGACCACCUGUCACCGUUUGCGCGCAUUGCUCGUGGCCAGGCACAUCCAGACUCGGGCAACGAGACGUACGAAUCGGCGAGCCCAGCAUCCAGCAGAAGUGGCCUGUCUUCCUCCCACCAGUCACAGUCUUCUGCCGUCUCUGCUGGAUCACAAACGCCAGGUCGCCAUCCCGCAUCCAUUCGGUCGCAGAAUACCUACAUCUCGGCUGGAACCUCAUUGAAGUCAUCUACCAUUGGUCGGCAACAGGAAAUCGAUACGUACUCAAUGGGGUACUCUCUGGGAAGCACUAGCAUGGCAUCUUCGCGUUCGCGACAGCGCCCAUCUAGGCUGCGCCACGAAGUGCCUAGAAGCCCCGAUGAAAGCAAGGUCUAUGACUUGUUCAAAUAUACGAGAACACGACUAAGCGACAUUCCAUACAAGCACCCAAUGAAUGCUGACAACUCGCGCCUGACCAACGACGAUCUUCGAAGACAGAUGCUAAGCACCAUCUUUGGUUGGCAUGCUGAUGUCGAAGACCUCAUCCGCGAUGAGUUAGGUCGACACCCGAACGGUUCUUCCAGCCGCAUUCUUCUUUCCAAGUGGCUUGGCGAUAUGGAAACAGAUAUGAUGGCUGAUAGCGCCAAAGACAUGACUUCUUCUGAUUGGAUGUUAUUUGCUCUUAGCGGCAUGGGAAGCGCUGCUGGACAACAAAAGAUUGGGCGAGUCUAUGUGCAGCGGCUCCUAGAAAGCGGCGAGAUUCACGUCGCAGUCACCAUCAUGCUCGGCAUGGGCGACCACAACGAUGCCAUUGAGAUUUAUAUUUCCCACAAGCGGUAUAUGGAGGCACUUAUCCUGACCUGUCUAACAUUUCCUGCCGUUUGGGAGCGUCAAGCAGCCAUUAUUAGGAAGUGGGGUGAAUGGGCAGUUCAACAUCACCAGCAACAGCUGGCAAUUCGAUGCUUUGCUUGUACGGACCAAGAGUCUACCGAGCCAUGGAGAUCACCCUCUGCCGUUCAGCUCAACUUCCAGAGCAUGACAACCAGCAUUCCCGAAGUCCUCAGCCCUCCCCUGUCGCCCCCAGGCAUCCAACGCGGCCCACAGCGAAGCGUCGCCAAGUCAUCUGCUUUGAAGCUCAUCACUUCCUUUGGCGAUGUGAACCAAAAGGCCAAGUUUUAUGCCAACAUGGAUGAUGGCCAAACCCCAAUUGCUGCGGGUGUGACGCCAAUUGCAGACUCUGCCAUUUCCCCAGGUGGAUCGUACGAUGCCGCAACGGCGUUUUUACGCCCAUCUAGCAACAGCCGUUUCAACACACCUACCUCUGCACGUCCCACAGGCUCUUUAGCGAGCCGUGGCCGCCUCCCAUCUAUUGGUGAAGCUCCCAAUGACAUGAGCCGUGACACACUGACAAGUGAAGUCAGUAGACAUGGACGCAACGGCCACUCCCGUUUGGCGUCUGCUGACUAUGAUAAUAUUGCUGCUGGAAACUCUCUUACACGCGCUUCCACUGCCAGCCCCAUGAUGAUGCGCGACCGGUUCACGCGCGUUGUUGGAGACUUUCAACCUGGUGAGCGCCCGCCUUCUCCCGAUCAAAUUGUCAUGGCACGCAUGCAAGAGAGUAAAAGCAAUGUGCGAAAUGGUUCGAGAAGUCGGAUUCCAAACGGUAAGCUUCUUGAGCUACAGCCCAUGAACCAGACUCCUAUCAACGGCCCGACAUCUCCGGAGCAGUCUGUCACAUCCUCAACUCGUUUCCACUGGCCGACAAGGCGCCGCGGUCCGGGUUCUGUUGCCAGCUCCAUCACUUCGAACUCUAGCGCAGGUCGAAGCUAUAGACAUGGAAGACAGAGGGAUGAAUACAUACACAGCCUCGAGGCUGCUAAGCACUACUCUGGCCGAAACCGAAGCAGAGGCCACAGCAACGAACGACCACGCGAGAGCUCCAGGACUCGCCAGGGCAGCAGAGAGCGACAAGACAGGUCCCGAGAGGCGCCGGAGAAUCGUGGGCGUACCGAAGAUCGGAGCUGGGCUAAACCGAAGCGAUCACCCACCUCUCCGAUCCCUAUGUCGCCUGAGGAUUUGGCCAACUUGACCACUCCAAAGUACUUUGAUGUGGCAGAGUCCACGGCGUCUAGAAGAUCCGCCAAGACGAGAAAUAAGACUUCGAGCCGCACGUCAAGCCGUGGCAGCAAAGGACGAAGCCCAGAGAGAAAGCGGCCGUCCUCGGCACUGGACAUGCGUGGGCGAAGCCAAGGCAGAGAAACUGUCAGGGCCCGAUCACCGACCUCUCCCGUCCCGUUGUCGGCAAGCGUUUUGCACCUGCAAGGCUCUGAAGACGAAGAAGAUUUGAAGCGCGCUAUGGAGGAGCAAGAGGCUUUCAGAGCGAAGCAUAGUCGCAGUGUCAGCCAAGGACUAAGCUCGCCGGCCACAUCUAGGAGAGAGACUUCACAGAAAAGGACUGAGGAAUUGAGUAUUUCUGACUUGCCGGGCAGUGUGCUGCCACUGAAUUCACUGCCAAGAGCUGUGCCAGCUGAACAUGCUGGAGAUUUGCGUCAAUUCAAGGACGAGCGGCUGAAACGGAAAGAACAGGCGGCUCGCGAACUUGAAGAGCGCCGAAAGUCGCUGGCCAAGCGGGCACACACACCUGGAAUCCUGUAUCCUGAUGAAUACGCACCCGCUACUAUACAGGAGCGCAUCACAGUCGAAACCUCGGAACCGAGAUCGUUGUCCAAGGACCUCCCUCCCAGAAGCGCCACAGAGCCCCCCAAGAAUAUGUAUGCUCGCGGCGCGAGCCCCAUGAUUGGACUUCCAGCAACACCGAAAGCCAUGCGACUUGUUUUGUCCAGCGGCAUGCCCAACGGCAACGCCCCGCCUGUUCCAUCCUUGCCGACCAGAGAGCCACAGGAAGAGCGACCGGCGGCCCAGGACCAGGCGCCAAGCUUACUGACGCUGCUGCCGUCGACUGUGUAUCAGCCGCCAGCGCGGCCAAUGAUUCCAAGAAGUAUGUCGGCGCCAAUCCCCGACGACCCGCCGCACUUUCGCAGAAAAAUGAGCACAGGCGGUAUUCCCAACAUUGAUGCCGUUGUGGAAAGGGCUGAUCGCCGUCGCUCCAACGAGGAGCCCCUUCCGCCACCACCGCCACCUCCGCCUGCUCCCAUGCUGCCGCCCAUGCUAAAGGAGCUUCAACACUUGGCGAAGCCGCCGCCGCCGCCUCCUGCGCCGCUACCGCACACGAGGCCGACGUACGGACCUGGCGGGGCAGUAGGCUCUGGUAUGAUUGAGAUUGUGAUGGAUGACGAGGAGCAGCCGCCGGUGGCUGCACCGAAUGACAACAUGGUGCCUGUUCUGUCACCACCAGUACCGCCGCCGUCCCGGGGCCACAACCGCGGACGCAGCGUCGGUGGCGAGGGGAGUAUUUCGGGGCGCAGCACACGGAAUUCGGAGCGCCGUAGCCGCAGCCGCAAGAAUACCUAUCCCCCACCGUCGUCGAUGGAAAUGCUGAGCGGCGCGGCCUAUCACUCGGCCAAGUCGCCCAUUCUGGCACCGCCUCCCGUCAUGUUUGACCAGGAUAUGAUUCGCUCGCCGAUUGACAAGAAGGGCAAGCAUAUGUCGACUGGUCUACACCGUAGCGAGAUGAUUUAG